AGCCAGCACCUGCGGCAGCGCGGCCUGCCCCACUGGACCUCGUACUGCGUCAAGUACAGCGCCGUGCGCAACGACCAGUUCGGCCUCUCCCACUUCAACUGGCGGGUGAACGGCGCCAACUACCACAUCCUGCGCACCGGCUGCUUCCCCUUCAUCAAGUACCACUGCUCCCGCGCCGCCCCGCAGGACCUGGCGCUGCAGAACGCCGCCUUCACCGCCCUCAAGGUCCUCAACGCCG